GAAUUCUUUCCUUUCUUAUUUCCUCAAACGCAAUAAAAAAAUUCCACCAAAACCCUAAGCUUGCUGACUGCUGUUGCUCCUCCGUCACCAAUCGCCAGUAGUAUUUUCCGGUUAUCAGAUUCCAUUCAACACGGGCAUAUUCUAUUUGUCUCAUUCAAUUGGGAGUACCGGCCUAGAGACUCUCAUCGAAGUGUCGUAGGUAGUCCACCAAACAAACAGAAGGAGAAGAUGAUGGUGAUGACUAUGCAGUGUUAAUGCAGAAGUAUAAUUGGUGCACUUUAUAUGCGAUUGUGAAACAAGAAAAAAAAAAAAUCAAUGUUAUUGCUCUAUUUUCUGUGUUUCAUACUCACCAAAUUCAAAAUCUAGCAUAAAAAAUGGAAACAGGAACUCAAAUGGAGUGUAUGGGUCAGUAUAAGAUGCUUCCUCCUGAACCAGGAACAUUUCAGGAUCGUGAAGGGCUAAUCAAAUAUGUUCGUGAUUUUGGGGCUAAUCAAGGUUAUGUGGUAACAAUUAAAAAGUCUAGGAAAGAUAGGAGAGUGAUUCUUGGUUGUGAUAGAGGUGGUGUUUAUAGAAAUAGGAGAAAGAUUGAAGAAAGUCAAAGAAAAAGGAAAGCUUGUUCGCGGCUUAUCAAUUGUCCGUUUGAAGCAAUUGGGAAGAAAGAAGACGAUGUUUGGGUACUUGCUGUUAAAAAUGGAGAGCAUAAUCAUGAACCUUUAAAAGACAUGUCAGAGCAUCCUUAUAGCCGUCGUUUCUCUGAAGAGGAAGUUAGGCAAAUUAAAAUGAUGACUGAAGCUGGUAUUAAACCAAGACAAGUGCUAAAAGCUCUCAAACAAAGCAAUCCAGAGCUGCAGUCAACCCCAAGGCAUUUGUAUAACCUCAAAGCUAAAAUCCGUCAAGGGAAUUUUUUAGAGAAAAAUAUAAAGUCAUGGAGACCUAACAGGUCUGUUCCUGUAAACACAAGCACUUCCACAACUGGAGGGUCCUUGGAGCAAAACAACCACCCUUCUUCUCCUGCUAAACAAUUGCAGCUGAAAGUUCCUAACUUUAUUGGAGGAAAAUUUGUGGAAUCGCAAGGGUCUUCUGUCAUCGAUGUGAUAAACCCUGCUACACAAGAGGUUGUUUCUCAAGUUCCAUUAACCGCCUAUGAAGAGUACAAAGAUGCAGUGAUUGCAGCCAAGAAAGCUUUUCCUUCAUGGAAAAAUACCCCAAUUUCCACUCGUCAACGAAUCAUGUUCAAAUUACAGGAGCUUAUUCGCAGGGAUAUGGAUAAGCUUGCGAUGAAUAUUACCUUAGAACAGGGUAAGACACUCAAAGGUGCCCAAGAUGAUGUACUCCGUGGUUUAGAGGUAGUUGAGCAUGCUUGUGGAAUGGCAGCUUUGCAAAUGGGGGAAUUUGUUCCUAAUGCUUCUAAUGGAAUUGAUACAUACUGUAUUAGAGAACCACUUGGAGUUUGUGCUGGGAUAUGCCCUUUUAACUUCCCAGCAAUGAUUCCCUUGUGGAUGUUCCCCAUUGCAGUCACAUGUGGAAAUACUUUUGUUCUUAAGCCAUGUGAAAAAAAUCCAGGGGCUUCAAUCAUACUCGCAGAAUUGGCUAUGGAGGCUGGUUUGCCUGAUGGUGUCUUAAAUGUUGUUCAUGGCACCAAUGAUAUUGUUAAUUACAUAUGUGAUGAUGAUGAUAUAAAGGCUUUAUCAUUCAUUGGUUCAGAUAUUCCUGGCAUGCACAUACAUGCUAGGGCAGCUGCCAGAGGCAAACGAGUUCAGUCCAAUAUAGGCGGAAAAAAUCAUGCAAUUAUCAUGCCUGACGCAAGCAUGGAUGAUACUUUGAAUGCCUUGGUUGCUGCUGGUUUUGGUGCUGCGGGGCAACGGUGCAUGGCUUUGAGUACGGCUGUUUUUGUUGGAGGAUCAAUGGCAUGGGAAGAUGAACUUGUGGAGCGUGCCAAAGCACUUAAAGUGAAUUUGGGCACUGAUCCUAGUGCAGACAUUGGUCCAGUAAUUAGCAAAGAGGUAAAGGAUCGCAUAAGCAGAUUAGUUCAGAGUGGUGUUGACAGUGGUGCUAGGCUUAUUCUUGAUGGAAGAAACAUUGUGGUGCCAGGAUAUGAGAAAGGAAGUUUUGUUGGUCCUACAAUCUUAUGUGAUGUUACAGUCAACAUGGAUUGUUACAAGGAAGAAAUUUUUGGCCCUGUGCUACUUUGUAUGCAGGCUCACAGCCUAGAAGAGGCCAUAACCAUUGCGAAUAGAAACAGGUAUAGGAAUGGUGCAUCCAUAUUUACAUCAUCUGGUGUUGCUGCAAGAAAGUUUCAGAAUGAUAUUGAUGCUGCACUGGUUGGAAUCAAUGUUCCUGUUCCAGUUCCAGUGCCAGUUUCGUCAUCUAACGAACCAAAAGCGUCUUUUGCUGGUGAUCUCAAUUUUUGUGGAAAGGCAAGUGUGCAAUUUUACACGCAGAUUAAAACAGUGGCACAACAGUGGAGGGGCUUGCCUAGCCUAGGAGUGUCAUUGUCCAUGCUUCCAUCGUUUCAUAUGGAAGCAAGUCGAGGAGUUUCAUCAGUGCCUCCACAUGAGAGAGAUUCACCCAACCAAUCACUUUCCCCAGAUAUUUCACUAGCAUCAGAGAGGGAUUCACCAAAGUGUGGAGAGCUCCUGCAAGAAGAUUUAUCAAACUCAGGAAUAUCAUCUAUGCCUCAAAUAGUUGAUGAUGAUGUACCAAGCCAGGGGGCAUCUCUGGUCUUGCCAGCAACAUCUGAGCAGGAUUUAUUUGACCGGGAGGGAUCACAUGGUAUACUUACUCCAACAGAGAGGAGCUCAUCAAGCCAAGAGAUGUCACUAACCAUGCCUCAAACGUCUGAAAGCAUGUAUACACCUCAAACAUCUAGGUGGAGUGAAAAUCCAGUGCUAACAUCUCAGAGGACUGAAAGCAUAUCUUCAACUUCUCAGAGAAUAUACAUUCAAAUGUCUCAGAGAAAUGGCAAUGCUGGUCCAUCUUCUAAGAAGACUGAAGCUGCAAUGGCUUUAACACCUGAGUGUUUGUUUGUGUCUACAUCGCACGAGAGUGACAAUAUGGGUUCAAUAUCGCAUAGGAAUAACAGCAUAACUUGUAGGAGUGACUGUACUGCACAUCCAGCUUCUGAGAGGUUAUAUGACAUGAUAGCAACUUCUCACUUGAAUGACGCCAUGGGUCAAACGUUUCAAAGGACAGCUGCAAUGGGUCAAACGUUUCAAAGGACAGCUGCAAUCUUUCCAGCUUCUGAGAGGAGAUAUGUACCUGCUACAGCUCAUAGGAAUGACCAUAUGGGUUCAACAUCUCAGAGGUCUGAUAUUGCUUCACAUCCAGGUUCUGAGAGGAUGUAUGUUACCAGAACAUCUCAAAGGACUGACAACAUGAUUCCAGCUUCUCAGCGGGCGAACGCUAUGCCUCCGGAGAAUAUCUAUAUGCCUACAGUUGUUCAGAGGAAUAGUGGUGUACCACCAACAUCAGAGAGGCUACAUAUGACUUUAACAUCUCAAAGGAUGUAUACUGAAAACUCCAUAAUGACAAUGGAUGAUUUUCCCAAUCAGGGAGCUUCUCUGACUUUGCCAACAUCUCAGAGAAUAUAGGAUACUAAUCAAUGUUUAUUUAUUUUUCAUUUUAGGAACUUUGUAGACAGUCAUCUGAAAAUAGCAAAUAAGAUUUUUUUUUUUUUUUUUUUUCCAGUUAACUU